GAAAACCUAAUCGAGACCCUUCUCCUCUCCUCUAGCCACCUUCUCUCUCUCGAUUCUUUCUUCCACGAACCAACAUGAAAAACUCGCCCUGAAAUCUCCUCUCACCUCUUCUAUGUCGAGACCAAAUGGAGUCAGGUGACCAAAAAGAUCCUCGAUAAUUGCAACCCGAAGGUCGCCGGCGGCACGAACGACGAAGGUGAGUUUUUUAGGUUGCAUGCUGAAUUUUCUUUGGUUUCGGAUUUGAGUUUUUAGGGUUUUCGGAAUUAUAAUCUCCCUUUUCUGUUUUACUUUCGAAAAUUGACCGACCACCGAGAGGGGCUUCACGGUCAGCUUCCUUUAUUUCUCGAUCUAUCCAUCCUAGUUGGCACGACGGCCACAAUGAAACGACCUUACCCUCUGUUUUGGACUAGGGAUUUGGUCGAGGAGAGGAAAGAUAGAGAGGGAGCCGUCGGUGAUGGGGUUAUUUCGUCAAUGCCAACGAGAUCUAGGUUCCGGUGUUUGGUUGUUGAUGAGGACAUCAAUGGGCCAGUCACACGUGCUAAGGCAAGGACAUUGAAGGAGAAGCUUGCGACAUAUUUGGAGAGCUACUUUGGAGCCAUGGAUGUGGAGCUAUUUCGAGGGAAGCCAUAUAUGAUGAUUCGAGUGGAGGAAGAAGGAGGAAGUGCUGAAGAGAAGGAAGAUUGCAAGAAGCAGCCUUAACGGGUUUGCUUAACGGGUCCAGGCUUAACGGGUUUACUUAACGGGUCCAGGCUUAACGGUUUGGGCUUAACGGGUUUGCUGGGCUGUUUCCGAGUUUCCUUGUAUUAAAGUCGGUUUGUGAUUGUUUUCCAUGUUGGAGUCGGAUUUGGGUUGUACUUUGCCUAUUUAAAGGGAUGAACACAUUGGUUUUGCCCUUAGACGAUUAUUAUUGAAUUUCAG